UUGGGGGCGGGGCUUAUGAUGCAGGCUUCAGCGGGCGAGAGUGAAAUGAAUUCUCUGAAUCUCUUCUCUGCUCAGUGUUCUUCCGACGGUGAGACAGGAAGGUAGUAUAUCGCGACGCGUCCCGGCGGUUGGAUUACUCUCGGGAACUUCAAUCAAGUCUUCUGACGACGACAUGGGUUGACACUGACAUUCGUUAUUUUAAUCGUUGUUGUUGUUGUUGUGGUGUUUUUUUUGUUGUUGUUAUUCGUGAUUGAUGUGAGCGUCUCGACUUUAUUUUGGGGUAAAGAAAUUUGCCAUAAAAACAAACUUCAAUUUCAAGUAGUACUUCAAGAGGAAGCAUCGGUUGGAGUCUACUGUUCAUUGACGGCGCCAUCGGAAAACGAUGCAUUUCCAGAGUUCCAGAAUCUCCCUGGAAAGCGGCCCCCACAGCUAGGAUGAACUAGCGGCAGCCCUCCCAACAUCUCGUCCAGCGUGUGUCAGUGUGCGUGUCUAUGUAUGCAUGCGUGCGUGUGCCUGGAUGUAUGUAUGUGCGUGAGCGUGCGUGUAGCGCUGCCAUGGGGUUGGUGUGAAGUAUGCCACGCAAAUUCCAGCAUCCCUACCACGCCCUGCCAUGGUUCCUGGAGGAGGACAGUGAGACGUCGGAGGACUUCGAGUACAUCGACGGCCGCAUCUAUGUGCGGGGAGAGGAGAGGGACGUCCUGCCCCUCUGGCCCGACGACGACGAUGAGAUAAUGCGAGAGCAGCUGGCCGCCGAGGCCGAGGCUUCUUCGGCCGGACGCGACGACGAGGAGGUGACCACCUCCAACGCCAUGGCCCCCCCGCUCAUCGACCCCCGCAGGGCAGUCCUCCUCCCCGGCUACAGCCAGGACAGCCUCCCCCUCUGGAGGAGGAAGCCCGACCCGCCCGAGUACGUCAACGGGGCGUCGCGGACGUCGAGGGCCAACAGGAAGUUCGAGAUCCCGCAGAUCAUCGAGAGCCCCAAGGCGAACGACGCCGCCGCCGCCCACGGGAAGGGCGGCGGAGGCGGGGGCGGAGGCGGGGACGUCCGUCCGACGACUUCGGCGGACAACGGGCAUUCCCUGGCGCCCAAGAACGCCGACAACGUCCGCAGGUCCUCGACGCUCUCCAGGAUCAACGAGAUGCUGCAGCGGGCCCGCUCCGAGGUGUUCGAGGGCGACGAGGCCAUCGCCUCCACCCGAGCCAGGCUCCGGCUGCUGCUCAGGAACCACGACGACUCUGAAAGGUAG